AUGGCUCUUCGUUCCGGCAACGAGUAUAAGCUCGACGAACUUCUUGCAGAGGUGCCCAAAGUCCGCAUCUUCCUGCGCCCUAUUGCGCCGCCCGCCGCUCUCGGUCUUGCCGGCUUCGCCAGCUCCACCUGGAUCACUGCGUCGUGGAUUGCAGGAUGGUGGGGAGACGAGAAGUCGCCCGGGGCGUUCUUCCCCUUUGUCCUGUUUUUCGGAGGCGUUUGCCAACUAAUCGCGGGCUUGAUGGGCUUCCCUGCUCGCGAUACUCUUGUCACAGUCAUCAACACCAUGUGGGGUGCUUUCUGGGUCGCACAGGGCACGGCCUUCUACCUCAUCGCCGCCGGCGUCGUCCCCUCGCACUCCAUCUACACCCACUGGCCUGAGCUUGCCAGCUGGUUUGUCCCGCUCGCGGUAUUUACCUGGGCUGGAGCCAUCGCCGCUUUCGCUCGCGACUUGAUCCUCGCCCUCACCCUCACCUUCUUGGCGACCGGCUCUACGAUUGCGUGCUGCCUCUUCUCCUUCUCCGAGCCGGGUGUUCGCCACGGCAUCAAGGCUGCCGCGUACUUCUGGAUCCUGAGUUCAAUCUUCGCUGCCUGGCGCGUCUUCGUUUACCUCCAGGAGGAAGCCUGGGGCCCAACGAACCCGGUCGUCAAGAACGCCUUCCCCGUCUUCCGCUUCGGCACCGAGAAGCGCGCGCCUCUCGUUGUUCCCGGUCUUGGCGAGCCCGGCGUCAAGCGCGGCAUGCCCGGCGUCAUCUAA